AUGGUAGAGAAACUUGGUCUAGAAAAGACAAAGCAUCCGCAUCCAUAUAGGCUAAGGUGGUUAGAUGAUAAGGUUGAGCUUAAAAUUAAAGAACAAGUGACCAUUCCAUUUAGCAUUGGUAAGUAUCAAGAUGAAGUAGUUUGUGAUGUAGUCCCUAUGCAAGCUGGACAUGUAUUGUUAGGAAGACCAUGGCAGUGGGAUAGAGAAACUAAGCAUGAUGGUAGAACUAAUAUGUAUACAUUCAUGCAUGAUAAGCGUAAGAUAAGCUUAGCACCUCUCACCCCAGCACAAGUUCAUGAAAUUCAUUUGCAAAUGCUGCGUAAGAAGGCUGCUGCUACCAAACACACAAUGCUACUAAUGAUCUUUAAGGAGCUUUUGAGUGCAGGUUCUGAUGAGUUAAUUCUUCAUCCAGAGAUUACUAAGCUUCUUGACAUGUUCAAAGAUGUGUUUCCAGAGGAGAUUCCAAACGGUUUACCCCCACUCCGAGGCAUUGAGCACCAGAUAGAUUUUGUGCCAGGAGCUGCUCUGCCAAACAAACCGGCUUAUAGGGUGAACCCGGAAGAGACUAAGGAGUUGGAGAGACAAGUUCAGGACCUAUUGGACAAAGAUACGUGA